AUGCAAGACUUCCAAUCAUUAAAAGAAGAGCUUGAGAAUUUAAAGACUGAAAUUUUAUCCGGUAUCGAUAAAUUACGCGACUCUGAUGAACAAGAAUGGAACAAUUUGGUUACAACACUUCAAAGCCAAUUUGCUGAACUUCAAAAUACUUUUGUUGAGUUUAACAAUGCAAUUCCAGAGUUCGAUCAGAACGAUCAAGAUGAUGCACGUAAGUAUUACGCUAAAAUGAACUUGGAUAUACAAGCGUUGGAAUCAAGAUUCAAUCAGAUCAAGAAAGAUGGCUUCCAAAAGAAGAGCACAAUUGCAGAAAACUUUGUUGAUAAAGAAAUCCCAUCAAAUAUACCAGCUCCUGAACAACCAACUGUUCAGGAACCAUAUAAUGCUCUUGAAAUCGAAGAUGUUCCAGCGGGACAGCAAAUUCCAGAUAUCGAGAAGCCACUCAAUGCUCUCGAGGCAGAUGUCGAAACAAAUGAGACUGGUGAUACUUCAAUCAUGGGAUUUUGCAAGAGGAACACCAAAUACUUAUUAAUUGCAGGUUGCAUUUGUAUUGGUAUUGGUAUUGGUAUUGUUUGUUUAAUUAUUGUUUUUAUUAAAUAA